UGUCAAGUCUAACAAGGAUUUUCGUCAGCUUGUGUAGCUACGUAAGCAUGAGGUUGUCCAUUUACAUCAACCCCGCGCUGACUGUCGCUCGAAGGGCGGCAAUUCUCCGCUCUGCUUCGGUCAAGUAAAUCAUUGAUAUACACGUUAUAUAACUGCACACAUAUCUCCAUCACACAAUUGAGCCCUCAUCAUGUCGUCCCCAACGAUCACUCUCUACUACAGACCCGGCUCAUGCUCGCUCGUAGCCCACGCACUCCUCUACCACCUCGGCAUCCCCUUCAAGACCGUCAAAUUGAGACCCAACGCCGACAAACGCUUCGAAGCCGCAGACGGCAGUUUCACGCACGAAGACUACUGCAAGAUAAACCCCUCAGGCUACGUCCCAGCCCUCGUCCUCGACAGCGGGGAAGUCAUCACGGAGCUCCCGGCCGUCCUGACCUACAUCGCGUGUAUCGCCCCAUCCGAGCAAACCGAAAAGUUCCUGGGCUCCAGCGCCUUCGACCGCGCAAAGGUGAAUGAGUGGACCAACUGGCUGAGCGGAACGUUCCUGGGCGCGAGUCUCGCGGCGUGUGCAAGGCCGUAUCGGUUCACUGAUGGAGAGGAGGCUCGCAAGGCGGUCGCAGAGAAGGGCUGGGAGCAUAUCUUGGAGUGCUUUGACAGGAUCGAGUCCAGGCUGGAGGGACGAGAGUGGGCUGUAGGUGACGACCUGACGGUGGUUGAUAUGUAUAUGUAUUAUUUCCGGCGGUCGGCAGUGUACAUGACCGACUUGGGCGAGUAUCCCAACUUUGAGCGCUUGCAAAAGAAGGUGGAGAAGCUGGCGGGUGUUCAGAAGGUAUUGGAAGUGGAGGAGCUCAAGCCGGUCUUUGAGUGAAGGAAUGAGCCCCGAUAUUGUGUUCCAACGUCAUGAUGGAAUACCAAUGUGUUAGCUGCGCUACGAAGGUACUCUGAACAGCUAUCGCCUCAAACAACUUCAACAUGCUCUGCAUCCUUCUUAUCCAUCACUCUUUC